GGCCCGCGGGCCCCGCGCCCCGGGAGGCUGUCGGGGGGCGGCGGCGGCGGCGGCCCCCCCCCCGCCGCUCCUAUGUCGGAGGGGCCGCCCUACGGCGAGGGGCAGCUGGCGGGGGACGCGGCCGUGGGGCAGCUGCCGUUCCCCGUUCGGCUCCGCGGCCCCGACGGGCUCCUCGCCGGCGGGCAGGGCAAGCGGCCCCCCAAGCUGGGGCAGAUCGGCCGCAGCAAGAGAGUGGUUAUUGAAGACGAUCGAAUCGAUGAUGUGCUACAGAACCUCUCGGAAAAAGCCCCUCCUGAUGUUUAAAUCCUCCCCGGGGACACCCUGGGAGCGGGGGGCGGGGGGUUCGGUUUACGAUGGCACAGGUUAUGGGCAGAAAAUAACCACCACCAACCCCCCCGGCAAGACCGCAGCGCCCGUAUGCUGAGCGAGCACUCGGAGAGCCGUCCCCGUCGCACAGCAGCGCAGCCUCUGCCCUCCAGGAGCCCUGCCCAGCCACGGCCACCAAACUACGGAUAAAGCACUGGAAAACGAGAGAA